UCUCGCCGAUUCCGGCCGAAUACGGCAGAGCACUGGUGCGGGGACCAGAAAGGAGAGACGAAUCCUCGUGCUAGAGUUGUACGCGUGCAAACGGCGUACAGGGCACUGCCGAACUAGGCAUCUCGUAGUAUGUUCUCGCUCCGUGGCGAGCCAAACGGGGCAUCGGAUGGCUACGACGCACGUAAAUGGCGCUGAUUUUCGCUUCGCAGCGACCAGUCAGGGUCGCCAGUUUGCAGCGUCGCUGUACGCUAUGAGAUUAGUGACACAUUUCGGAGCCCUGUCGUUCCCAAAAGACUUCCACACUGUUCGCAGGCACAAUACAAAAUAUUUGCUGUGAGUGAGCACGAAGCGGAAACCGAUAAGAGCUGAUCUGGCGGAAACUAAGCAGCAGUGUAGGCUCCGGGUUGAUGGUGAAAGAUUUACAUUACGAACCGCUUUGAGAAAACAGGAUCCCGAUUGAGUAUUCUGCCACUUUUUCGACAGGACGCUGGACCUGCAAGUAGUCGGACUGAAAUCGUCCUCAACAUUAUCCGUGUCUGACAACGCGGCGGUGCGAUUCGACGGCUCUGCAUGCCUAGGUUUCGGGCCAAACGUGCCAACAUGGAUGGCGGCGCCGUCACACUGCUGUCCGUGCUCGUCAUGGCCACGUUGUGCACCGGUUCGCUGGGCGACAGCACUGGAACUAGGGAAGGAGAAUGCAAGUUUGAUACCUCAAUAAAGCUAAAAUACUUCCCAGUGCCUGCGACCUAUGCCGAAGCUGCUCUGCAUUGUCGAAGUAUUGAGGGCGACGUGGUAUCGGAUAUCAACUGCGCACAGCAGUUCCUGGAGGAAAUUCACAAGACGAGAGUCGAGAAAAAAGUCGAUAAUUUCCCUACUUGGAUUGCCGUGGCAACAGGGCCGCAGUUGCUACGCAAUGACGUUGGGUUACACCCCGGCAGUCCUGUUGAAAAAAAGUCUACCGAUAAGCGCCUGAUCAUGUGCCAGGUCCCCAAAGUUCCAGGAACUGCGCACAUGCCAGAAUACGUUCAUGGACGAGACAGAGAGAGUACAGAGGAAGCGGAGGAUGGAACGGACGGCGGAGGGAGCAGUGAGUCGGAGAGCAGUGAUGGGAGUAAUGUUACGUUCGCGUGCACGGGUUCUGCGAAAUCAGUGACAUUCUUCGACGUCGACUUGCUCUACUUCACGGGACAGCGUUUGUGUCGGACCACUGGCGGGGGCGUGUUGACUCACGGCGACAAGUGCUUGGACAAGUUUCAACACUGGUAUUAUCAAAAGAAUCACAGAGCCAUGCGGGUGAGCUGGAUGGACGGCGGCGGAGACCUCUCAGAGUACACGAGGAAGACGAGCGACCACAAAGAGCGCUCCUUGAUUUCGGAGCCAGCGCAACGAUACGGAGUUCUCUGCGAGAGUCAUGGCAAGCAUAGAUGUGCCUCGUUCAAGACAAUAGAUAUUCAGUACAUCCCCAGGAAUAUGACGUACGUUAAAGCCAGGGACCACUGCAAAACUCUCGGUGCCAGGAUUCCACGGAGAACGCGCUGUGUACAAGGCUACUUGGCAGCGACUUCGAAGUCGUACACACCUGUAGCCUGGCUGUGGUGGCACAGUGGACAUGACCAGUACGCUAGCAAUGAAAAGCUAUACGCCAUCAAUGGCAGCUCACCACCACAACACGAAGUUGUCUGCGAAUUUAUCUCAGGUGAAGAAUGCGCAAAAGUUCGAAAGAGGAUGCAGCAUGUUCCAGGGGCUCUACCACAUGCUUCCGCUGUUUCGAAAUGCAAAUCGUUGGGAGCAGAGCUGGCUUGGUCGAUAGCCUGUGCCAGGUCCUUCGUGGGGGACAUCAGAAAAAACGAGAAAGACCCGAAAUUGUCUCCUCCUUCUGCCUGGACGUCACUUACGGAUGCGAGACAUCCGAAAGCUCCACUGGAUACCAGCGGCCGACCUGCGGAUCCAUUGCAGAAACGUCUUGUUAUUUGCGAGACUCUUGAGCUGCCUGCCAGGCCAAAGCCACAGCCAAAGCCACAGCCAAAGCCACAGCCAAAGCCACAGCGAAAGCCAAGGCCAAAGCCGGUGGUGACACCCGGAGGGAAGCAUAGAUGUGCCUCUGAUCCGACGGUUGAGAUUCAGUACAUCCCCAGUAAUAUGACGUACGUUAAAGCCAGGGACCACUGCAAAACUCUCGGUGCCAGGAUUCCACGGAGAACGCGCUGUGUACAAGGCUACUUGGCAGCGACUUCGAAGUCGUACACACCUGUAGCCUGGCUGUGGUGGCACAAGGGGCGAAACAAGUAUGCCAGCGAUGAAAAGCUAUACGCCGUAACAGGCAGCUUACUCCCAGCGAACGAAGUUGUCUGCGAAUUUAUUUCAGGAGGGAAGCAUAGAUGUGCCUCCGAUCCGACAAUUGAGAUUCAGUACAUCCCCAGGAAUAUGACGUACGUUAAAGCCAGGGACCACUGCAAAACAUUCGGCGCCAGGAUUCCACGCACAACGCGCUGUGUACAAGUCUACUUGGCAGCGACUUCGAAGUCGUACACACCUGUAGCCUGGCUGUGGUGGCAUGAGGGGCAAAAUCAGUAUGCCAGCAAUGGAAAUCUAUACGCCGUAAAAGGCAGCUUACUCCCAACGAACGAAGUCGUCUGCGAAUUUAUUUCAGCUGACGAAUGCGGAGCGGUUAAGACAACGAUGAAAUACUUUUCAACGCCUGUUUCACAUGCUGAUGCCACGUUGAAAUGCGUACUAGUCGGUGCAGAGCUCGCACGGUCAAUUGCCUGUGCUAAGUCUUUCUUGGAUGACGUAAACACGGAGAAUCUGACCAUUACUGCUUGGACAUUCGUUAAGGAUCCGAAAAAUCCCAAACAUUUCCUCGAUACCAGCCGCAAGUCUCUCGAUCCAAACCUCAAGCGUCCGGUUAUUUGUGUGUUCUCUGGGCAGCACGUCACGCCAGACCUGGCCACUCUAAAGACCGAGGAGUACAAAUGUCCGUCAGCGAACCGCAUUCUGAGGUUCUUCGACACUGAUGCGUCAUAUUUCACGGCAGAACACGUGUGUGCACAAGCCAGUGGUGGCAUAGCGGCCAUCAGCGAUCCUUGCCUCUGGGCUUCCCUCGGUGAAAUACACCGGAAGCACGGGCCAAUUGUUGCUUGGAUGGCCGGCGGCGCGUCAUCUAAAUACGGACGGAAGACAACGGAUAAUGUGGAGCAUUCUCUUCUCAGCAGGUCCGCACCAUUCACAUCCAAGGUUAUCUGCCAGCUCACCCAUGGAGAAGGAGAUUGCGGUUACCAUCCCUCUACCAAGAUACAGUACUUCCCACAGGACUUGACAUUUGACGACGCUCUUCUGCGCUGCAGAAGCGUUGAGGGCGACCUGCUAUCUGACAGCCAGUGCGCACAGACGUUCCUGAGGAAAAUCCAUGGCCAGCAUGCCGCUGACUUUCCUGCCUGGACGUCCAUUGUAGAUGAAGGCAUGCACGUCGAUACAAAUGGCGAUCACGUUAGCAAGAAUGCCAACCCUGUCAUCAAACGCAAGCCUAUUUGCCGCGUCCCCAAGCAACCAACAACUAAACAAAAGGCUCCAUUUGGAUAUUUGUUCAAGUGCCCGAACUCAACGAAAACAAUCAUGUUCUUCAAAAAGGACUUCCAGUACUUCACCGGGCGGCGUGUGUGCCAAAACCUAGCCGGUGGCAUGGUGGCCCACGGCGAUAGCUGCCUUCCUGCUCUGCUGGCGUGGACUAAGAGUUUUCUCGGUGCUCCAACCGUUGCCUGGAUAUACGGCGGCAGUUCGUCCAGGUACCAGGCGACGACUACGGACGGCAAAGUGCACUCCUUGCUUUCGCCUGUGACGCGAUUCAGACUCCUCUGCGAGAAACCUCACGAGAAGUUUAGAUGUCCUACCUUCCAGACAGUAGAUAUUCAGUAUCUUCCGAUGAGGGUCACAUACAGUGAAGCAAUAUCUCACUGCCGCUCACUAGGUGGUAGGAUUCCACGGAAAACGCGAUGCGUCCAAGGAUUCUUGAAGACCGCCGGCAAACAGAUCACGCCCGUGGCCUGGCUGUGGCACUGGAAGGGAGCAGGCCGAUACGCUAGCGACGAAAAGCUAUACGACCUAACAGCUCACCCAGCUCCAACAAACGAAGUUGUCUGCGAAUUUGCUUCGGGUGCAGAAUGCGAAUCACUUCACGAAAAGAUGCGGUACUUCCCAGUGGCUCUGACUCAUCCAGACGCUACUUUGCACUGCGCAAAGAUUGGUGCAGAGCUGACGUGGUCGACAGCGUGUGCCAGAUCGCUUUUGAGCAAGACCAACGGCGAUCGGUCGUCUGCUUCUGCCUGGACGUCCAUGAAGGAUCGCGCGAAUGCCAAACGCUUCCUUGAUACCAACGGCCAUCCUGUCCAUCUGGCACACAAGCGGCAGGUCGUUUGCGAGUUCCUUGAGUCUCCAGCCGAGCCCAACCUGACCAAUGUAAAAACAGAGGAGUUUAAAUGCUCAAGGUCGUCACGAAAUUAUAAGUUGUUCAACGUCGACGUGCCAUACUUCAUGGCAGAGAGAGUGUGUGCAGACGCCCAUGGUGGAAUAGCAAAAAGCACUGAUGCCUGCCUGGUGACCUUUCUCCGUCAUAUCCAGCAGAAACGUGGGCCGGUUGUUGCCUGGAAGGACGGGGGAGCGUCGUCGAAAUACACACGGAAAACAACAGACAAUGCCGAGCAUUCUUUGGUCAGCAAGCCAGCAACCACCUCGAAGGUUAUCUGCUACAUAAUUCAUACUCAUGAAUGCGAAGCAAGUUGGAGCAAAAUGCACUACUAUCCAACUCCGUUGUCACUUGCCAAAGCUACUCUACAAUGUACUAUGGUUGGUGGAAAGGUCACCAAGUCUAACAUCUGUGCAGCGUGGUUUUUGACCAGAGUCCAGGGGAGGCGUUCCACGACGGGUGCCUGGACGGCGCUGACGGAUGGUGUCACGCCGCUGGACACGAAUGGCGUUCUGGUCAAUGCGGCCAAGCCGGCGGUCGCACGCGAGACCAUCUGCGAGCUAUCUCAGCCAGACCCAGUGCUUCUCCCUGCAGCCGAGGAGUACCAAUGUCCAAUGUCGGGCCAGCGGUUGGUGUUUUAUGACGUGGGCGUGCCGUACGGUGGUGCCGAGCGCGUGUGUGCACGCGUCCACGGCGGCAUAGCGGCCAGCAGCGAUCCGUGCCUGUUGCUCUUCUUGCACGAGAUCAAGUCGAGGAGGGCCGCAGUCGUCACCUGGAUGGCCGACCCGGCGGCAGCCGCUGGAUUCACGCGGAGGACGACGGACAAGGCGGUGCACGAUGUGCGCCACCAUCCAGCACCUCUCUUCAAGGUGAUCUGCGAGAUGCCCCAUGAUGAAUUCAGAUGUCCUAUCAUACAGACCAUACAUCUCAAAUACUACCCGCUGGCCAUGACGCUGCCGGAGGCGAAGCAACACUGCCGAAACGUCAACGCCCGGAUUCCGCAGCGAACGCACUGCGUGCAGGACUUCCUGAAGAGCAGGGCCAAGCCGCACACACCCGUCUGGUUAGCGUGGAUGCGUGGAGCGAGCCACUAUGCCAGCGAUCUUAAGCUCUACAACACAGGAGCCAGCCCGGCGCCUAAGCUCCAAGUCAUCUGUGAAUUUUCUGCCGAGAGCUUCCGCACGUGCCUGAAGACUAGAUCGCAGAUCGGACUGUACGCCAACAAAGCGACGGUUGAGCAGGCCAAGAUACAGUGCAGCCGCUUAGGUGGACGGUUGCCCACCGGAGGAGAGGAAGCCAAGUGUAUCGACCAAUUGAUGGCCGGUGUAAAAGCCGGAUCCCCGGCAAAGAACUCCAAACCAUGGAUAUUGAGUAACGAUGGAGAACUCUUUGGCCCUUCAGGCGUGUACACUCUCUACGAAACAGACAAGCGACACGAUUCUGCCAAAGAAGAUACCUUUCAAACUGUGGCGUGUGCCUUCAAUUUCAGGGAGUUUUAUUGUUCCUCGGAUUAUGCAACCGGCGGCUCAAUUCUUGUCCACUAUCCGAUCACAAGCCUCAAGACCGUGUUCGGGAACGAAGAGUUUUGUCUGAGCCAAGGCGCCAGACGUGUGGAGCGACUCACGGAAGCAAAGUGCCUCGAGCACUUUUUGUACCAGAUACGGAUCCAGACAGGCUACGACAGGAAGCAGGAAGAUGUUCAUCUGCUGCCGCUCCAAAUAUGUGCCUUUGGUCCCUAUGAGACAUUCUGUCAGGCUACCGGACACACACUGAGGCAAGUUCAGGAACCUAAAACCAUCCAUUUUGCCGAACGGGAAUGCCAACGUAUGGGUGGUAGACUGCCCAAUCGCGCUGAACUCGCCUGCAUCAAACGAGACAUUGUGAGCUUUCAGUAUCCAUUCCCGCUAGUGGCUUGGCUGCAAUACCAGGACGGCCAUGGCAACCAAAUGGCCACUAACGGCGUUUCCUACAAGGUCCAUGGCUAUGGGAAAGCGUCGAUGCUCACUCACCGUGUUAUCUGCGCCAUUCCUCCUGUUCACACGGCUAGGGCUAAAGUCCCCGCGGGGAUAGUCAAGGCGCAGUGCGGCCACUGGAAUGUCAUCAUGCAUCCACGCUCGUUCGAGAAGCUCUCGUACGACGAGGCCCAAAGCACCUGCCGCAAGAACCUUGGAUUCUUCGUGCCGAGCGAGCGACUGUGGCACGACUUGCUGGCGGUGAUGAACUUCGGACCGGCGGGCUGCAAGGAGCUGUAUGCGGCGUUCAACAAAGUGCCCGUUUGGCAUAGCAUGGACGCACUGCAGCGGGAAGGCGCCAGAUUCGCGUCGGUCUGUGUUGGAGCGCACAUUCAUCCCGCCGCCAUCUCGAGUCAUUUCGUGCACCGACACCAGGGGGUGGAGCACAUCAACGAGGACGGUCGCGUCACGUGCAAGCAGGGGUACAGAAAGUUGAUGAGAGAGGACAUCACCGGCUAUGCGUACUAUGGAUAUUGGAUGCAGACAGCCGGCUGUUACAAGUUUAUGGAUUUCAAUGCAAGAAGCUUGGUCCUCACCAGAAGGAAACAUACUGGAGCUACACUGCUGCCCCAUGGCCAGGUAUGCAGGCCACAUCAACGCCCGGCAGGCUGGGAGCAAACGUUCCAAGACGGUACAGUCAAAUGUCCGAAGAGUCACAUAUGGAUUUGUGACAACAAAGAAGGAUCACACUGCCCGAGGCCGGGAGACGAACACAAACAGUGGGCUAAUUGCGACAAGCAACAUCAUCAUCGCCAAGAUUCGGCCAAAUGUGGUUCUACAUAUUCGCCAGUAACUGAAUCGACUCGACCUGUUGUUGGACUCAAUACUUUACCCAGACAUUAUCUCGAGACGGAGACGGCAACAUACAAAUGCUAUUGGCCAAUGUUUGAAAGCUGUUUGAGCCCCCCUUGCGCCGGUGGUCGGUUUAACCGAGCUGCAAAGGUGUCCUCAGUUUUGCGAUACAGCGACAACACAUGGACAUGGGUUUAUAGGAAUCUUCCUCCGUGCGCCAAGCUCUUCUCCAUUGAAAUUGAGAAGGCACACUGGUACGUCAGCCACCAGCCAACAACACUGGACCGCGCCAUCUCCGCCUGUGAAAACAUCGGCACCAGAUUAAUGACGCUGGACGAAGUGCACCAAAUAAGGGAGGUGAUCAUGCGGAGGACGACAAACUUUGCAAACCAUUACAUCUGGGCGCUGAACCCAACGACAAUGGCGGGCGUUUCUUACAGAAUGGACCAGGGUGUUCAGAAGGGGAACUCUCGCACCGCACUCGUCAUGUGCAAGAAGUCCACUAAGCUCGAAGACAAGGGAACGUGCUGGACCGGUGACAAGUUGUACACACUGCCAAACAGCCCGGCUGGAUACUACACGAACAUUCACCAGUGCGAGGCUCCGCAGCGGGAGAACGCCAUCAUACCCUUCCAGUUCCUCAACCUGUGCCUGGAUGCGCUGACACGCUGGGCGCCUACUUACAAUUCGUACUGGGUGCUCAGCACAAACCAUGGUCUUCCUGAGGCAAGCGACGGAAGAAAGCACCCCAUUCGGGAAAGAAGAGCACCGGCUUGUUGGCAAAAGCGUAAAUGGAACAAUGAAUUUGUUGUGAAACACGAAUGCAGUCAAGUAGUCCUGGUGUAUACCAUCAGGAAGACGCUAUCAACCUACCGCGCUGCAGGUGCUCUGUGUGGCAAGAGCGGGCUGGCGCUUCCUACCCUCCACCUGGAGUCGUGCGUACGCCCGUUUGCCCGGAAACUCGGCAUCGGCCCUGUUUGGUCGAAUCAUCGCAGGGGCCCGCAGCACGCUAUUACUACCACUCCGCUCUCUUAUGGAAGCCCGAAUCGGAAGUAUCCGGUUAUAUGUGUAUUUCAGAAGACUCGACAUGCUAUUUGGAGAAGGUAACAAGUUAUCUUCUGCUGGUGUUCAAUGUCAGCUGGAACGACUUUGCCUUAGCGAAACUCAUCAACAGACUGUCCGCAUGCAGGAGGAUGAUUACCAUGCAUUGUUUUUGUCGCCCCAUGUUGCUGGUGACUUUUCUUUUUCCUUUUUUGAUGAUGCUAGAUGUGGUGGCAGAAUACAUGCGCUAUCUAGGCGUACUUUCCUAUCUAGAGCCCUUUUCUUCUUUCUGCGCCAUUUAUCUAGUUGUAUUCGCUGUCCAUUGUGCGUGUACAGCAAACUAGAUUACAGAGCGGAUGUUGGAGUGCCUCUGCUGCGACUUUGAUGCCCUUUGAAAAAAAUCACCUCGCGCCGAUUUCCGUAGCUCUGCUGCGUAUCAUUCGUUGUGUUGGUGCUGUUGCCGGCAAGGGGCUGGUAUGAAGCUUA